AUGGUUAUGUUACUUACAUUGUUGGCUAGUGUCAAUGGCCGAAACUUAGCUACCUCUGAUCAUGAUGAUGAUCUUGAUCUGUUAGAACGAAUUCUUAUUAGAAAACGUGAAAGCUGUGCCUGUGGUAUGAACUGUCCUGGAAAUGUAAAGUGUCCGCACGCAUCAGCGUGUGGCUAUUAUGGACCAGGCGUGGGUUGGAAAUGUACCGGUAGUACCAAUUAUAAUUAG